AUUGGUUUUAUACUAAUAAGUUUCUUCCCAUAGGCAGUUUGACCUUCUACUUCUAGUCUUCGUAGCAUAAGUUUACGCGAUACAAAAAAAGAAUUAUUACCUUGAAAUUUCGUAACCUCAGCAUAUACCCCGCCUCAAACACAACCGUUACUAAGGUUGCGUGAGCUCGCAGUCUAUAUAUUUUUAGUAUUAUUUUGUGAUCACAGUCCGAGUUCAGCCCACAUCAUGAAUGUCGAUAUCUAUACCCAGUAUUUGUAAUGCUGGUUGCCGGAGCGUGUUAGUGACGUGUUAAAAUCAUGCCAGCUGUAGCUGUCAAAAUGAUCUAACCCUACUCCUGUAGAUACUCUAGUGAUGCAUGUAAUUUCUAAUAAUACUCAUCUAGAUCCUACAAGUAAAAUUGAAUGAUAGAUUCCUAUAGAAAGGCGAGAACAUGUACAGCCCCCAGGGAUUUGGGGGGUUCCCAGAUCAACCCUCUACCAUCAGCCCAGAAGUGCAACAGUGGUUUCAAUCCGUUGAUAAGGACAGAUCUGGCCAAAUCUCUUGGGAGGAACUCCAAGCUGCUUUGGUUAAUGGCAGAGGAGAACAUUUCUCCCCAACAUGCUGCAAACUGAUGAUAGGGAUGUUUGACAAGGACAAAACAGGCACGAUUGGCAUCAACGAGUUCCAAAUGUUGUACAAUUACAUCAACCAGUGGUUGACAGUAUUCAAGAACUAUGACCGAGACCAAUCUGGAAGUAUUGAAGAACAAGAGUUGACUAUGGCCUUUCAACAAAUGGGAUUUAGGUUUUCUGAAGAGUUCAUGAAGUUUUUAAUUGCCAGAGCGGAUUUGAAAAACCAUAAGCAGAUUUCUGUGGAUCAGUUCAUCACACUGUGUGUGCAGAUCCAGAGGUUUACGGAGGCCUUCAAAGUUAAAGACACUGAGAGGACGGGUGUUAUUACAUUAGGGUUUGAAGAAUUUAUCAGUAUUGCCCUCAGCAGCUCUGUGUAAUUUUAUAAUUGCAGCAUUGAUUGAAUUUUUUCUUCACGCUGUAAGGUUCCAUAUAGCUUUAGUUUUGUCAGCUAAGCUAAAUUAUAUUUUUGUACGUGAGGUAAUAUUUAAGAAUAACUUGAAAUGUGUAGAUGCCACUGAUGGAUGUUUAUUGUUUCAGCUUGCUUUGAACAUUAAAUUUUUGUCAAGGUGUUUCCAUGUAAAAGUGUAUUUGUAGUAUUUACAGUAUUUAAACAAUUUCCAUACUAGAUAUCAUUUUAUUAACUGUCAACUACAAAAAAUGUAGCUAUUUAGCAAAUUUUUUUCAAUAUUUGCAUUGAUCGAGAUGAGGAGCUUUACAAAGUGAUUAUUUAUAAAUAUGUCUUUCCCAGUCAGUCCUAUUCAAGUUGUUUUGUAGUCUAUGUUAUAUAUUUUAUACCAAGAGAUGUGUUUCUUUUAUUAAUACUUGUUCAACAAUUGAUCCAAUACAUUCAUCAUAUUUGUAUUUGGUGUGUCAAUAAAUAGCAUACUGAUAGUUGGUAAUCCAUAUAGUGACAUUCCUUUAGGAUAAUCCACAGACUCAUUUUUAUUCAUUAUUUUGGGAUGUUUCAAGUCCAUUAGGUAUUGGUGGCAUAUGCUUCCAGAAACUGCUUAAGCACCCCUCUUCAAUUACCAGCGUUUUAAUUUAUAUCAAUAGUAUGACGAGAGAAAGGUCACUUUAUCAAGGACUUUGGUCUGUGCACAUCCAGCAAUCUUUUUUUUAAAAACUUUUAUCGAGCAGUAUUAGACAAAUUACUUAGUAAUUGAUUGCUAGUUAACAAUACCAAGGCACCCUUUCAACUGACGUACUUCCUCCCCUUUUAUCUUUUCACUUCCUUUCUUUCUCUCUGACAUGAUCUGGUAUCUGAACACCCUAACCUGACAAACCUAAUGACAUACAAUACUUUAACCAAGAGCAAAUUAAUGUCCAAUAGACAGCUCUGACGGACAAUGACGAAUAGAUUAGAAUUGGAAUUCCAAUUAUUAUGUAAUAACCUUUUAUUGCACCGCUCAAUAAAAACUUACAAAUGUCAUUACAUAAAAUGCUUCAAAUAGAUGAUGUGUCAAGAAAGUACAAAUACAUUUAGUUAAAUGUGUCACGUGUUUUCAAUAGCGUUAAUUCUAAGCACUACGGGAACACUGGUACAAGGCAAUAUGGCAAUUUCAGUAACAACGGCAGUAACAAAAUCUGGCGGGGUGACGUCAUACAGCAGAUUUAAAGGAGUGAGCUUGUUGUUUUCUUUCCAUUUACUCAACGGGCUUGGAUCUUCUGUAUUGGGAAUUUUGCUCAGCAAAUCCGGGUCACCUAAAAAAGUUUCAGCUUGAACAUAUAAUAGAUAUUAUAAAGGUUACCUUAAUUGUGGCACUUUAGGAAGAUUCAUUUCUAAACGAAUUGAUUUUCAUAUUUAUUUUCCAAGGUGUCUGCCAAAAAACGUUCCAUUAUGCCCUAGAAAUGUCUUAGCUAUGUUUUUAACGCCACGCCGGUCACGAAAGCGAGGUGUUAUCAGUGUAACAUGAGUAUGUUUAUAAUUCCAGCAUAUGUUUCUUUAAGGCAACAUACUGUAAUGGAAAAAAGUAUAUAGACAAAUUAAUAUUGUGCUGUAUUUCUUUUUUAACUUGUUUUAUUAAUACACCAACCUGUAUAUGUACAUAAUUCGUUAUAGCAUAAUGCUCACUUAUACAUAAAUAAAUUCAUUAGACUACC